UAAUUCUCUAAAUAUUCACCGGCAAAUCUAUCGAUCCCUAAUAUAACUCGAUUUCAGAUGCUCAUUCCCCAUUUUGGAUUCUAUUUUUACAAGUAACAGUAGAUCCUAAUCAAAGAGAUCCCACUUUUAGUUUUAGCUCAUUGUUGAUCAAUGGGGUCUUCGCAGUCCAUUGAAGUAGCCUCUGACGACGAAGAGCAAGUGGAAGAGGGCGUCGGGCAGGAUGAGCGGCGAGAUUUGGGUCACGACUCUUUGGUCAAGAAGGUCCUUGAACAAGAGCCUGAGAUUUUACCCUGCCACGCCUCUGCUUCCCCCCUCUCCCCACAGCUCUCAUCUUUCGGCACCCCGCGUCUCCUCGGCCCCUCCAUCAAGGUUUGGGACCCUUACAAUGUUCUCGCUCCUCCUCUUCCUCCUCAUUUCCACCACACUUUCUCCACUCAGGACGACGACACUGUCACGGAGGUGUUCUUAAUUUGCAACGGGGAGUGCCAUAUGAAAUUGAGGCCCGAUUUGAUCGCCGGACGCUGCCCCGAGGCUUCACUCACCCCCAAUGGCAAGCGACAAGCCAGAGCCUUGGCCGUGUUCCUCAAGUCCCAGGGCGUUCGCUUCAACGCCGUUUAUACUUCACCCCUCGAUCGGGCACGCGCUACUGCACUCUCCGUCUGCCAGGAAUUAAAUUUUUUGGAGGAACAGAUACAGUCUUCUGAUGCACUUGUUGAAAUGAGUCUAGGGCACUGGGAGGGAUGUAAUCAGUCUGAAAUAUUUACUUCAGAAACAAUGAGGUUAAUUGAAAGAUUUCAGCCCGACUUUACUGCUCCAUCUGGAGAAUCACUGAGGCAGGUGGAAUUCCGGAUGGUACAGUUCCUAAACAGGACUGUCAUGGCAUCCCAUGAAAAAUUCAGACCUGAUUUUUCUAUGUCUGAUCAGAUUGAGAGUUUUCCAAAUCGUGGUUCUCAUGCUCUUACAAACUCAGUUCAUGACUCACGUGAUGGGCCUUCCUUUUCAUCACCACAGUGGGAUUUGGUUUACAGGCAUCGGCAGGGUCUUCCGAGGAAGAAGUCUGGCAAAAGUAGGCUCCAGAUUGUUACAAAAACUGGAGAUCAGGAGGCCGAUGAUGAGAUGUCUCCUCGAGAAGCAGUUAAUCCCAACUCCAUUGGUGACAUAAGUAUGAGAAGUGCCCUUUGUUGUGUUUCUUCACGUGUGGCAGUGAUUUCCCACUCAAUCCCAAUCAAGUGUCUUCUUACUGGUGUCCUUGGAUGCAGUGCAGAAAUGUCAAGUAAAUUGUGUAUAGAAGAUUCUUCAGUAAGCGUGUUACAGCAUUCGUGGAAAAUGGGAUGGCAGAUAAAGAGAUUAAAUGAUACUACACACCUUAGGCUUCUUUAAUUUAGGAGUAAAUCGUACAGGUUGCUUGAGGGUGAGGGAAUCACCAAGAAAUGAUUAUUUGAGAAAAAUGUAUUCCACAAUUCCACAUGGAUUUGGUGUUGGGAAUGGGAGGGUAGGAUACUCUAUGCUUCUUGUAAGUUGUGAUGUAAUGGGUUUGCUAAAUUCACUUCCAGGUUUCUGUUCUGGACUGGGAAUUGCGAUUGCUUUCAUUUGUAACAUUAACAAAUGUUGUAAUUGUAGCAUGUAUACACACACAUGUCUGUGACUUUCUCUUAAAUCAGAAAAAUAUCAAAUUGCAUUUUUGCUGCCAGUUAUCAGCAGUUGAAG